AUGCUAGCAUUUGUUGACCGCGACAACGACGGCGUGCCCCCUCUCAUCAAUACUUCAUUAGAGCAUCUGGCCCAGCAUUGUCCCAGUCUGCUGAAUCAGCCUGACGGGGCCGGUUUCUAUCCCCUCCAUUAUGCAAUUCGACGAAUGUGUGAUUACCCGUACCAGUACGGCCCGCAAGCUCUCUUCCACUUCGAAACAGCCAUUUAUGACCUUUUGAACGCUAAUGCCGAUCCUCUUGUCCGUGAUGGUCGUGGAAAUAUCGUUCUGCAUUAUCUUGUAGCAGGGAAGCUAGGCGAAGAAGACCGAGGAGGUGAUGAGCAGAGACAUCUGCUUCAAGUGUUCCUCAAGCGCGGGCUCGACCCAAAAGCUAGGAAUACAGCAGGUGUUACUGCAUUGGAAAUUUCCUUUUUGACAAAUGAUGAGCCGGAAUUUGAGGGCGAAGAUCACGAGUACGAUCAUUCCUACGCUAUUGGUCAAGAAGUUGUCGAUGCGUUUGAGCAAGGAGGCUAUAUCUUGUCAGAGACAAAUGCUGCCAACCAAAAGCUUUUACACCUAGUGGCUAAGAUUGACUCAGACCGCGCGCCCCCGUGGUUCAAUCUCAAACACAAGGGACUCGAUCCUGAGGCGAAAGACAAAAGUGGGGAAACUCCUCUAGAUAUUGCCAAAUACAACUACUGGAUCAAGAAGGUUAUAGGUGAUUAG